AUGGAUACAAGUGUAGAUAAUUUGGAAAUGCAUGCAAAAGACAAAUUUAUAGCGAAAAGUGAAUAUACAGCAUGCGCUAUAUCCAUAUUGAAGAUAUCUGAUGCUGUGUUUAGCUUUCAGUGUCCUGUUCACUCAAUAUCCAUAUUGAAGAUAUCUGAUGCUGUGUUUAGCUUUCAGUGUCCUGUUCAGUCACACUGGAAACAUAGAGCUGACAAUAUUUUUGGCUCUAACAGCAGUUACUCUUGCUUAUAUGAUAAGAAUAAUAAAACAUUUGUGGAAUUUUGUAGAGAUCAUCCCGAUUUUGAAGCACCAGGAAAAAAGCUAAUUGUUGCUGGAUCAACUCACACACUGCAAGGGUCUAAUUGUAGUAAUGAUUUCUACCAACCUUUAAAAUUCUGGACCAAUGAAAGCCAUAGCUGUGUUUUAGCAAAAUCGUACUGCAACGAAGAAGGACAAGUUGUUUAUAGAAAUGAGACAAAUAAAGUAGAUAGAUCAUGCCGAUGUGAUUAUACGAGAGGAUAUAGUUUUACUAUUCAACCAAAGCAAACAUGUUAUUGUGUACCUUCUGAAGAAGAUUGUUCCUGUCAUCGUAAGAUAUGUCCACCUAACUAUAAUUUGUCACAAGAUUAUGAAUGUAAAAAGGUGACAGAAAGGAAUACAAGCUUUAACUGCACAUUAUUGCAUUCUGUUGUGUUACCCAAAGAUUCUGAAAUAUCAUUAUCAACUAACAAUUCUUCAUUAGAGUCUUAUGUACUAGCUAUAGCAAAUAUACAGCUUGUGCGAGUUGUAGUUCUAAUAUUAGUUCUCAUUGUCGCAGUAUACAUAUUAACAGUGAGUUGUGUGGUAGUGCUACUGAUCCAAAAAGAUGAUUCAAACGGAAUGAAACACUUGGAUAGCAUUAAAGCUGAGCCUGAGACCCAGUCAUUACCAGCAAACAUGCAAGAUAUUGACAAUGAAUUGCAAGAAAUACUUCAAUAUUGGAGAAAUAAACUUCAAAGAUUUGUUGUUACGAAAGCCGUAGAAUUGGUAUAUGAACGCAUCCAGACAAAACAAGUAGUUGCUAUUAUAGGACCAACAGGGACGGGUAAAUCCGUGUAUGCUUAUAAUGUUGCUUUUAGAUUAAGUGAAGAACAUGGUUAUAAAAUUAUUCCUGCCAAACAGCCAGCAGACAUUACCCGUUACAUUGAAAAGGGUGCAAAGCAAGUUUUUGUAAUUGAUGAUAUUGUCGGGAAAUAUGACUUCAAUGAGGCUGAACUAGUUUCAUGGGAAACUUUACUACAUAAUGUUUUAAAUAAUAACGAGCAAAUUAAAGUAUUACUAACGGGUAGGAAGUCUAUUUGGCAUCUGGGAAACUGUGAACGAUUAAAAAUAGCAUUCGUAUGCGAUUUACAUUCAGAAGAGUUAAGAUUAACUCCGACGGAAAGAUUGAACAUCUGUAAAGCAUAUCUAGAAAAUAGUGACAUAAAUGCUUUACUAGUAAAUGACAAAAUAAUAAAUAUGUAUCCUUUUCUGCCCUCCAUAUGUUCGACCUAUUUAUCAGAAGACGUUGGUACGGUAGCGGAUUUUUUUACCUAUCCCAUUCAAAUCAUCGAAGAGCAAAUAGAUAAUUACAAAAUUAAAUCACCAGUUCUGUAUAUCUCUUUAGCUGUGCUCGCUUUUGAAGAAAACAUAGCUAAAAAUGUAUCUUUUGUCAACAUUGAAAAUGAAGAGUUGAUGAAAAGCUUGUUCCUGGAAUUUGGAUCUCAAAUACUUCCAUCAAAAGGACUUAUUGUCAGUCAACUCGAGGCUUUGACAGACACAUACGUAAAGAUUGAUAACGACUGUUUCCAAUUUAUCCAUGUAGAAAUGAAAUCAAUAGUUCUAUAUUGCGUUGCAAAAACAUUUAUGAACUAUGUACUGAAGUACAGCAAAGAGACUGUAAUUAAAAGUCAAGUAACUUUGGCAGGUAUAACAUGUUUAAGGAAAGAACAGACUUUACCUGUAAUAAAAGUUACACCAGAACAUGAAGAGGCUUAUUUUACUCGUCUUGUAGGAGACCUUAUCGAAGGACAGAUAAAUUGUUUUGGUAUUUUGGAAAAUAAUCAAAAUCAAUUUCCAACAUUUAGAAAGCAAUUUUUAGAGUUUUUGAUCCGUAAAAACGGAAAUAUAAAGAAAAGGAAUGCAGUCGGCUCAACUGUCCUUCAUGUUGUUUCAUCGUUGGGUUAUGGAGAUUAUGUUUCUUAUUUUAUAAACUUGGACAAAGAAAUGAUUAAUGAAACGGAUGAAAAAGGAAAUGUUCCUUUGCAUUUAGCAUCCAUGAAUGGUCGCCUUGAUAUAGUUGAAUUGCUUGCUGUAAAUGGUCGAAACAGUCACAUGUUAAACAAUGAAAAAGUAUCGCCUUUUUUCUAUUCGUGUGAAAAAAAUAAUAUUUCUGUCGUGAAUUAUAUGAUCAAAUUACCGGACGCGGUUGGUAAUAUCAAUAAAACGUAUACGAGUGAGAACAGAACUGUUCUUCACAUUGCCUGUCUUAAAGGUUUCACAGAACUAACAAGAAUACUGCUGAACCAUCACGCUAAUGUUGACGUACAAGACAAAAGUGGAUUAACACCUUUACAUUUGACAUGCAGUAAUGGACAGAGGGUUACAUCGUCGUCAUUAAUAAAAUUUCGAGCGAAUGUUAAUACAUUGGACAAACUAGAAAGGACGCCGAUGUAUUAUUCAUGUACAGCGAAUCAUAAAGAUAUCGUGGAACUUCUUAUUCAAAAUAACGCAGAUAUUAACAAAAGUUCAUCAAACGGGUUUACACCCUUACAUGCGGCCUGUGAUAAAGAGAGUAUUGAUAUUGUGAAACUUUUGAUAGAAAAAGGUUCAGACGUAGAUGCACAAGAGAAAACAGGGGAGAGACCUCUACAUUUAGCAUGUAGAACAGGAAAUGAACAAACAGUACAAUUGUUAAUUGACAAGAAGGCUUCGAUCAAUGCGAAAACCAUCAAUACGAUGACUCCUUUUCAUGAAGCAUGCAAAAAUGGACAUCAGAAUGUUGUAGAUAUUCUCUUAAAGAAAAAUGUAAAAUAUAACGAGAAAAAUAAUCAAGGUUGGACGGGUCUUUUUUUCAGUUGCGAAAAUGGAAACAAGGAUGUAGUUAAUAUGAUACUGAAGCAUAAGAAUGAUGUAAAUCGUACCGAUAAAGACGGAGUUACUGCUCUUCAUGUGGCUUGUACGAACAGUCAUAAAAACAUUGUUUGUACAUUGCUCGAGAAAAAUGCGAAAGUCAAUUUACGAGACAAUCAUGGUAAAACUCCUCUUUAUAUAUCAUGCUUCAAUGGUAAUAUUGAAAUAGUUAAGAUGUUAUGCGACAAUGGUGCAAAAGUAAAAAUAUUUGGUAACUCUGAACUAAAUCCUAUAACCAUUGCUCAAGAAAAAGGGUUUAGGCUCAUUCUUGAUGAACUGAACAAGGUAAAAAAAUGAUCAAAAUACGUGAAAUCAACUGCAGUUAAAUUUAGCGAAAGAUCUCACGAUAUAUUAAAACAGUCCACAAUACUAUAUUGAAUCAACGUAUAAAGAAACAAUCGGUGUCAUUGGUCAAUUCAGUAUUUGUUAAGCAUCCAAUAUACUUAUAAUACCUGCCCAGACAUACCUGCGAAAAAUUAACACUAUAAAACUAUU